UCGCGUGUUUUUUGAUGCGCCAGUGAGUGAGUGUUUGUGGGGAAGAACACUUGUGUUUUAGCGUGACGGAAGAAAACCACGGAUACCUGCUUUCAUCCGGCGAGAACAAGGUAGGCCACGAGGCUGCGGCUUUCGCGCUAAGCAUGAGGAGGACGUGACAAAGGGACAGACGGAGAGAACUGUGCAAGCGCUGCCCUCGUCCUGUCCCCGCCGAGAGCCGAGCUGCCAGCCUCCAACAUGCCUCAUACAGGUCAGGCCGGUGUCAACCAGCUGGGCGGGGUUUUCGUGAACGGACGCCCCUUGCCAGACUGCGUGCGGCGUCGCAUCGUGGAGCUGGCGCUGAUGGGGGUGCGCCCCUGCGACAUCUCCCGGCAGCUCCUCGUCUCCCACGGCUGCGUCUCCAAGAUCCUGACCCGAUUCUACGAGACAGGCUCGAUCCGCCCCGGCUCGAUUGGCGGCUCCAAGACCAAGCAGGUGGCCACGCCCACGGUUGUGAAGAAGAUUCUGCGCUUCAAGCAGGAGAACCCUGGCAUGUUCGCGUGGGAGAUCAGGGACCAGCUCCUGGCGCAGAGGAUUUGCGACCCUAACUCGAUCCCCAGCGUCAGCUCUGUGAACCGCAUCCUCCGAAACAGCGGCGCGUGGACGGAGGCAGACCUGGUGUCCGCGGCUGCAGCGGUAGCUUCCGGAGGACCUUGCCCGCCAGGCCCCAGCAGUGCGCAGCAUUCCACAGAAGCAGCUCUCCGUUCUCCCACUGGUGGCUCAACUUACCAGCACAAGACAGCGUCACUGGUGACAGGAAGAAUGGGAUUCUUCACUCCACACCCCCAGCUACCUCAAGGUUUUAGCCACGCGAACCACCAGCAGCAUCACAGUUACACCUCAAACACUAGCACCACUUCUGGACGCCUUGUCGCCCUGCACCAACUUCACACCACGACAGCACCCACCACACUUACCACCAAAGGCACCAUCAGUCAUCACCAGUCACCAUGGGCAAAUUUCAUGAUCUCUUGUCGACCCCACCACAGCGCCCUGCCCUACCACCCUCGCUACGGGGCUCUUAUGAUGUCAGAGGGAGGCUUCACUGGCGGCCAGCUACCUGCUGAAGCCCACAGUUCGUAUCUCCUCCAAGGCUCACACAGUAACAGCAGCAGUAUCGCGGGUAGCGAAGAGGACUCCAGGGAUAAAAGCGAAGACGGUGAUGAAGAUGAAGAAGACGUUAGGAUGACACCAGAAAGAAGAAAAGACAAUAAGCAGAAAAUGGAGCAACAACAGCAACAGGAGCCGCAGCCAGAGAAGAAGCGCAAUCCGUACUCCAUAGAGGAACUUCUGAAGAAACCUGAUAUCGCGAAGAAGCCUUCAACAUCGCCAGCGACCCUGUCACUCCAGACCAUGUUCCUCCAGCCCCCAUGCGGUCUGCUGGUAGACAAGCCCUGCACUUGCAGCCUGGUGUCAGCAGUGAGGCCUCAUCAGGACCACGAGGCCUCUUGUAUCGACCUCAUCGAGGCUUCCUCGUCAUCGUCUUGUGCCUCAUCCGUCACAGUCCCCAUAUCCAUGUCGCAGACAGGAAGUCUACACAAACAGACAGCAACUUGCAACACGUAGUACGUGGCACGUUUCUGAGGGGUCUCUAAGAGCUGUUAGGUUUGAACUGUAAGCAGUUGACAGGAAGAUUCACUUCCCGUGCUACGCACGAAAAGUCUGGCUCAGAAAUAAACGUUCGGUUUCACUGCAUUUAGUGUUUCAUAAGAUGAGUAGAAGGAAUAGGCUUCACACAUGUCGGCGGUUGAAGUUGGCUAUUUGUAGAUAUUCCAUAGGCUAAUAUGAAGCACCGUAUUUAUCCGAACGUAAUAAGCACCCGGUUUCUAAAAGCCUAUAAGUACGGUUAACCGCUAUAAGUGUACUGGGUAAUUCAUAAGUUCCUUCCAGAACCCUCGACAAUAAUUUAUAAUCACAGCAACCAUAUAGCCAUAUAUUUGGUCCACAAAGUGAUUCUAAAUUACUGUCGGGGUUUCGGACGAAAUUAUGAGUUACCCUGCUUUAAAAAUAAGUUUAGUGCGUGCCGUGCCGAAUUUUUUUGGAGGCAGUUUCUAGCAAAUGCACAAAUCAGAGUAACGAAAUAAAGGGGUAAGAUAUCUUGUGGAGAUCUGUAGGCAAACAAAUAUUUUUGCCGCCAAAACAGCUCGAUCAUUGUCUUUUGGUGUCUUGUUUUGGUUUGCCUCCUGUCGGCACGUUAAGAUUUAUUUCAUGCUGCUGUCCCGUUUGCCCUAACACACACAGGUCAAGCAUUAGACGACGGCAAAGAAUGGAUGUAACGCCGUAUAGUCCGGUAGAAUUCCAUCAAUGUAUCGGCUUAACCUAUGCCUUCAUCUUCAGGAUCUGAUAAAAACCAUGCAAGAAACCAGCAACAAGGAGGCGAAAAUAAAUCGAAUUCGACAAGAGAGUUUAAUUGUUGUGCCUUACUUGUAUGCAAAUAUUAACCUCUUUGGAUGUGGUUCGCCAUUUCUUUUUGUCGCAAAUGCUCGAGUGGGAUUGCCGGAACUCCAAAAGCCACUUCACGACCGCCGAGUAAGAUAGAAGCCGCACUCAAAAUGUAUCGGUCGCUAUUGACGACCAGGUUCUGUACUUUUCAUCCUCUGUGUAUACAUUUUGAAGGGAUGAUAAUGAGCGUUAAUUUUUGGCAACUAACAUAAGCUAGCACGGAAAGUUAAAUUUAUAACACAAUUCCAAAAUCUGUGUCAUUUCUAGAACAUUCUGUAUAGUAAUUCAGUCAACAUGUUAGUCUCAGUGUGUGAGUUACGUAUUUUAGAUAUCCUAAAGGAGGGACACGAGUUCCUAUUUCACCCAUAGCUAUGUCGGUGAUUAGCGAUAAGCGACGAUCAGCAAACAAACAAAGCAGCAACAUGCCCGGGUUCCUUCUUCUCGGAUGGUAAGAAGCGGACUGAAUAAUGAAACAUUGCGAGCCCGUAAAGACGUCUUGUAAAUCUGGAUUAUGAUGAGAAAUAUGAGGGCCAGUUCAUUCAACUACGAACACCGCACGUGACUGGUCUGGGCUGUAUCGGUCGCCUCUCUCUCUUUGGUACUGGGUUCUAACCCCCACGGCCUUGUGUGAGGGUUGAGGCUCUCAUGGAGAUGACUAUGAAGUAACGCCGUGUAGUCUGGUGGAAAUUUACCGACAUUCCGGGUGAACCUGCUGCCUGAUACACAAAACAGGGGCAGUACACUCCUCCGAAACGUCCGUAAACUCUUCCAGAUUACACGCCAGAUUCCACACAGCCUUAUUUUCCCCAAAGAACAUUAUUUUAUUUUUAAUGGGUUUCUCAAAGAAUGAUUAAUAAUUGUUGUCUGAUUAAUUUAUCCCCUUAAAGAACGGUGGUUACAAUUGAACCGUCCAAGUCUUCUGGACCUCCUGCUUGGGCAGCGUUAACUGAGGGGUGGGUGUGUGGGUAAGGACAGGUAACUCAGCAGGACUGACUCUGUCUCAAGGGUCGCAUUAACGGGGAAACACGCCGGUCAUUCAUCAUACGGCAAGCCACAAAGUUUGAAUUUGAUGAUAAAUAUAUUUAUUUUACUUCGCAAGUUUACACUCCUAACAGUGAAUCACUAAAUUCUCAGAAGCGACGAGACGUAAUGGUGUGCUCGAUUUCUCCCUCGCGUCAGUUUAUCCACUACUGGCAUCAAUUUAUUAUAACGAAUUUCCGAUGUCGCAAAACACGUCCGUUGACCGUUGAAGUUAUUACUAAAAUCCCCCAAAAGAUGACUCGUACCAACGACGCAUCACCUCCCAACAGUGGCGUCCGUCGCUAACACCAGUUCCUCAUUAUCAGUGGCUGGAUUCGAACAGAGUUCCUCACCCCCACACCGAAUAUAGGCAUUCAUAUUGGUUAAAACAAACGAAAGUCACGUCAUCCUAUGCAAUGCAUUUCCACAUCUGGAAGCCAACAGCGCCAGGAUCUGCUCCGACCGGCUGGACCCCUCUAGAGUUGAUUCAGAAACCGACCUGUGCUCAUAUGUUUUGCUGCAGACCCCACAGAAGAUCUCCAAGCGCCGCGACAUACUCCCCAGCUUCGAACCCAAUUAAUAAAUCGAGAAAUACAGGAGAAAGUGAGUAGCGGGGAUGUUAGACAGAAAACUGAAGUACACUACUGUGUAGCAUCAGACCAAGAGUUUCCUAGUCAGUAAAACUGUAAGUUGUCUUCGUCUUGCGAAAUAAAGGCGUCUGUCUGUCACGGCAUUUAACUUAUUCACUCUGAAAUGUUGAAGAGGACAUCUGUAGUUUAUUUGUGAACUUAUAUGU